AUGUUGUGUUUGAACUUCAAAGGAGUAUUCAGGUGUGUGACGCAUGUUGUGUGCCUAAAUCUAGAUUGUGAAGGUUAUUUGGAGGUAGGUAUUGCUUACAAUGAUAACAUCACAUGUUCCAUGUACUCAAAGAACUUUGACACUGAGCAGGUGGUGUUUACCGGUGCCGAGCGAUUGUGUUUAACUAACUUCUCCAUGAUGGUUCUGAAUAAGUUUCAUAGUUUUUCGUCCAUCUGUAUGAUACUUUGGUUGUGUCAAUAUGUGUGCGGCUACUUGGGGUUCUCUACAAUGAGUUUGAAUUUGAUGAUAAAGAAGGUAAUAUUAAAAUUGAUCUGGAUUCAGAUAGAACUUUUUUAA